UCUAUAUAGCGUUAAGGUCACAAAUUCGUCAGGAAAGAAGUCCUCGCGAAACAUGGCGGACACGCAAGACUGGAAAUCACCAGCAUUUCGUAAAAAGAUUUUGGCUCAAAUUGAAGAUGCCUUCCGCAAAUCUGGUAACCCUACACAACGCUCAGCCAUUGAUAUGGAAAAGCAUGUGUUUGGCAAGGCAACAACUAAGGAAGAGUACUUGGGUUAUGUUGCCAAAGUUAUCAUCAAAGUUAAAGAAAUGAAUCAACGUCCAACAACCAUGGCGGUCCGCCCGCAACAGCAAGGUGGACUAAGGAUGCAAAAUUUGCAGCAAGUGGCAGGCAAUGUGGGCAUGCGGGUAGCCACUCCAGGGUUACAGCAGCAGCAGCAACAGUUACAACAGCAACAGUUACAAAUGGCACAGUUCAAACAACAGCAGGUAAUGGGACAACAAAGUCUUCUACAGAAACAGCAGCAGCUUCAACAGCAGCAACAACUUCAGCAGCAGCAACAGCAGCUCCACCAAUUUCAACAGCAGCAGCAACAGCAGCAGCAACAACAGCAACAACAACAGCAGCAGCAGCAAGGUGUGAAAACUCAAGCAACUUAUAGCGUAACACCCCAACAGCGACCACCUGCCUCGCCUUUUAAUCAAGUUUGGGGGUCGCCAAAGCCAAGUGCAUAUGGAGAAAUACCAUCGCCAGCUUCUGCUUUACAGCCAGUGCUUUCUCCAGCCAGUAGCUACAUGCAACCUUCCCCAUCUCCCCAACAACCUAUUCCAUCGCCCCUCAGUGCCACUAUGGGUCCUCCCAGUACACCCUCAACAGGCUCCAUUAGUGCCCCUAGCUCAGUUGGGGUAAAUCCGAGCCCAAGGAGUAUGCAGAUGAACGAACAGGACCGCCAACAGUACGAGACUAAGCGUAGAGAACUUGCAAUCUAUGUCGACCCUCUGAAAAAAAUGUUGAAGAAGAUGAGCACUGAUGAAAAAAAGAAAGAACAAGAUAAACUUAAUAAUCUUCUGAAUAUCCUUACUAACCCAAAUGCAGUGUUUCCUUUAGCGACGCUGCUCAAAUGUGAACAGGUUUUGCAGAAACUGAACUUUGUAAGUCAAUCCACAGUGGUAGGUGGGUCAACUGUUAAUCGCAUCGCUACCACUACUCAAGCCACUGCUGUAUCGACCACUUCGACCAUCUCCUCCAGUGCAAGACCCCAGUCGGUGUGCCAGCCCCUAUUAGAUGCUAUCAAUCAGUACAUUAGCUCACCGAUGUUGAACCACACUCUACAGAGGACGUUUGGCUCUGCCAUGACGGCUAUUCACGGCCCUCCUAUCAGCGCCCCAUGUUCGUCAAGAAAGCGGAAAUCGUCAGAAAUGAACCAAGAAUUUCAAAUACCAGACAUUAUCCAAGGAGAGGUUGCCAGAAUGCCUCCAAAAUUCAAGAUAAUUCUUGACUCGACUCACCAUUCACGAGGCAAAGAUGUACAUGUUAUAUGCAAAUUAGAAGAUAAAUGCCUUCCGAGUGUGCCGCCAAUUUUUGUCACGAUUCCAGAGAAUUAUCCCAACUCUAGUCCAAAUUAUGAUCACCGCCUGGAGUACAGUAACACUGAGUUCUUAAAGUCGGUUCAGCGGAAUUUAGUAACCCAGCUGAAACAUCUACCAGAUAAGCAUUCCCUGUCUCAAGUUAUGGAUGUGUGGGAGAUGAGUGUUAGGAAAGCUUGCAUCAAUUUUUUUGCUGUAGGAUAAAGAGCCAUGCCAAAUGUUUUUGGAAAAGCGGGAGACAGCCCAGGUGUAAAAGAUUCGUCUAUGGUUGGCAAGGACACUAUUUGUCAAUAUGGAGGGCAGUUUAAUUCACAUGUUAGGCAUUUCAUAAUAGCACAGCGCACUGGUUACGUCACAGUGUUGCCAUAGUAGGACUGUGGAAUUGAUAAUGCCUGAGAUAACAUAUUGGUCAUGCACUAUGUAUUCGUAAAGUACAGGCAAGUACAAUGGUACGAAUUUGUGGAAGAGAGGUGCAGUUGACAUUUUUCCAGACCAAUAAAAAUUUACUACUGAGGGCGCUAAUGACCUUUUGAGCCCCAGGUCACAGAAAUUGUAUGCAUGCAUGAUUACUAAACAGAGGCCGGUGCAGGCCAGAAGGGGUAUCAAGUACCUUUCGAGUAAUGCUUGAAUGACUUGGUGUAUUCUCAGUAUUCAGUAGCAGAUGCAUGGUCACACUGUAGGAGGGUUUGCCUUAAUUAUUUAAUGUUUGGUUUGAAUUAAUCAAGUUAACUAGGUCAAAGGUUAAAAAGCAUCUCAUUGUUUUGUACAUAGUCUGACAAAUAUAUUGAUUAAACUUAUGGGCAUGAUUUAAUCAAUGCUACAUACAGAAUAUUUUGAUAUUUAUUAACUUAUUUAUACUGGUCGGUUGUAUACUGAAGUACAAUAAAUAUUGAUAAUGUUAAUACAAUUAAUGUCUAUUUAAACACUGUGGAAAAUGGAAUUGCAGAAUUCUGAUAUAUCUAUUAUAAGCUAAAGAGGUAUUAGAAAAAAUGAUUGAUGGACCAUAAAUGUGUAAUAAACAGAAAUAGACAGAUAUUUGAAAGAAGUGAUGAAUAAAAUGAAAGGUUGUGAUGAACAACAUGAGAAAUUUGCAUAUAGGACCCCACUCAACAAACUUAAAUAAAUAGUUCAUAAAAAUGUGUUAACAAUAAUUUUUCUCAAAUUAUAUAUAAUUUUUUAUAGUGUAGUAAUGAUUUUAAUAAUCAUUUUCCACAAAUAAAGUGUAUGAUUUCUUAUAAUGUAA